AUGGCCACAUCAGCAUCAUUCAAUCUUGGGCCUCCCCAAGAGAGCCCCAGAUCUCUGUUUCUGAAAUCACAGUUAUGUUCCCCAGUCCAGUGGCCCCCGAAAGACACAAAUCUGGAAGGCAAAGUCGCCAUCGUGACAGGUUCAAGCAGUGGUCUCGGGCUCGAAGCAUCUCGCCAGCUUCUAUCCUUCGGCCUAUCGAGCCUAAUCAUGGCUGUACGGUCAACGGCAAAGGGCGAGACAGUUGCGUCCAGAUUCCGUCACCAAUUUCCAAAGGCUGAUAUCCAAGUCUGGUCUCUCGAGAUGGAGUCAUACGACUCUAUUCAGGCAUUUGCUCGCCGUGUUAAUGACGACCUCUCCCGCUUGGACAUCGCUAUCCUUAACGCGGGGAUGCAGAUCGGCAACUUCGCUGUGAUCCCCAAUACGGGACAUGAGACAUUGAUUCAGGUGAACUAUCUCUCCACCAUGCUUCUCGGCAUCCUCCUCCUCCCGUCACUGAAGGCCAAGUCACCCUCAGGACCAGGUAGGCUUACUAUCAUAAAUUCGGGCACCGCGCGUGGCGCUACGAUCUCCGAGCCCAAUGGGGGACUAGUACUGUCUGCUCUCGACGACAAGUCGCGACCGUGGGAUCCCGUCGAACGAUACGCUGUUAGCAAGAUGUUGGCGCAUCUGUUCUUGAUUGACCUGUUGCGCUAUGUUAGCGCUGACGAUGUCGUUGUAAAUCUUGCAGAUCCGGGAAUGGUCAAAAAUACAGACCUGCAACGUGGUGCACCACUGCUUGUGGCUGCUUUCUUCUACAGCUUCAAGGCUGUCUUGGGACGAACUCUGCCUGUUGGCGCAUCUGCAUAUAUCGAUGCAGCGAUCGUCAAAGGAAAGGACUCGCAUGGUUGUUACGUGGCUAACUGGAAGAUUUCACCGUUUCCUGCAUUUGUUUACACGCCCGAGGGAGAAGCGGCGCGAGAGCAGCUGUGGCAGGAAACGAUGACAGAAUUCCAAUUUGCUGGGGCGCAAGAAAUACUGGACGGCCUGAAAAGAUGA